AUGCAGAAUAACUUGGUAGCGGAGAAACAACCAUACCGUCUUUGGCCGUCGAACCUGGAGGACUCGCACCGUACUUUCUUUCAAAUAAAGAUGAGAUUUUGGAUGCUGUGCGUUUUUGCGCUGACGGUGGUGGUGUCAUGCUCUGCGCAGCAACAGUUCAUUAACCGCUACGACAACUUCAACGCCGACUCGAUUAUACAGAACGAAAGGAUCCUGCUCGCUUACUACAAAUGCGUCAUGGAAAAGGGACCUUGCACUAAAGACGGCAAGAACUUCAAACGUGUACUGCCAGAAACUAUAUCAACUGCGUGCGGACGCUGCUCUCCAAAACAGAAAGUUGUAGUACGCAAAUUGUUAUUAGGAAUAAGAGCAAAAAGCGAACCGCGGUUUUUCGAACUACUCGACAAAUAUGACCCCAGUCGAUUGAACAGAGAAGCACUAUAUACUUUCUUGGUCACUGUCGCUUUAGCAUUUGCUGAAGAUAAAUAUGAGAGCGUGGAGGAUAACUUUAAUUUGGAAGAAUUGCUUAAAAACGACCGACUUUUGGUUGCUUACAUGAAAUGCUUGUUGAAUAAAGGACCAUGCACGCCUGAAGUGAAAAAAAUAAAGGAUAAACUCCCAGAAGCUCUGGAAACUAACUGCGCUAAAUGCACUGCCAAACAAAAGGAGAUGGGCAAGGUGCUGGCUAGGCAGGUGAAGAAAACUCACCCCGAAUUUUGGGAAGAACUUAAAGCUCUCUAUGAUCCGCAGGGCAAAUAUCAAAAAGCAUUCCAAGACUAUCUUAAGGCU